GCAUUUAGGAUCCCCUUAAUCUGUGCUUUAACUUAUUGCACUAGUGUGCACUAGUUCAUCAGUACAGCAAUAAAGAACAAACCCCAUGACACAGCAACUUCAUGACAGCCGAUUACAACUGUUCUAACGAAAUUAAUAUUCAUUUAUGUAAAUUCUCAAGAAAUGUUUACUUAUUGAAGGUAUAAGUUUUCGCAAAAUAUUAACGAUCGCCAGAGUGAUUUGAAAUUAUAUCAAUAAAUGUUGUCAAUUUGAUACAAUCAAACGUUAAACACGUGAUUCCAUCAACAUAGUUAUGUUCAGAAGCAAAUUUGUUUUUUCAUUGACUUCGCAAUUAGUAAAAAGUAGAUUAAUGAGCAUUCGAGAAAUGAGUGCGGCAAUUAAUGCCGAUUGCGCGAAAUCUCUAUCAUAUAAGGAAUAUGGUGAGCCUGUCGAGGUUCUUCAAAUAACCACUCAGACGUUAGAACAACCAACAAGCGAUCAAGUGUCCGUAAAGUGGUUACUAGCCCCAGUGAACCCAGCUGAUAUAAAUACGAUACAAGGAAAAUAUCCUAGCAGACCCCCGUUACCAGCAAUAGCAGGAAAUGAAGGAGUCGGAGAGAUAGUAGCAAUUGGUUCUAAUGUUAAAACUUUGCGCAUUGGGGAUAAAGUGGUGCCUAAUGGCCCCAAUUUUGGAACAUGGAGAACGCUAGCUAAUUAUAAUUCUAAGGAUGUUUUGAAGAUGCCAAAUGAUAUUGAUCUAGUUGCAGCUAGUAUGAUGAAUGUAAAUCCAUGUACUGCGUACAGAAUGUUGAAAGAUUUCGUUUCACUGAAACCUGGAGAUACUGUGAUACAAAACGGUGGUAACUCUGCAGUUGGUCAAUUGGUCAUUCAAUUGUGCAAAGUAUGGAAUUUCAAGUCUGUCAAUGUUGUUAGAGACAGGCCAAAUAUACAGGAAUUGAAGAAUCAGUUGAUAAGUUUAGGAGCGGAUGAAGUUUUGACCGAAGAUGAAGUUCGAAAAACGCAACUAUUCAAAAGUAAAAAGUUACCCUCACCCAAAUUAGCUCUCAACUGUAUCGGUGGACAAAGUGCACAUGAAGUGCUGAGACAUCUCACACAAGAUGGUAUUAUGGUGACUUACGGAGGCAUGUCUAGAGAGCCAUUGACCGUACCGAUAGCUGCACUUAUUUUUAAAAAUAUAUCGUUGAAAGGAUUUUGGAUGACAGCUUGGACGAACUUAAAUAUGGAAUCCCAGGAGAGAGAGGAUAUGUUCAAGGAUCUGGCAACUCUCUUCAAUGAAAAGAGAUUGCAGGUACCACCGCAUAAAUUGAUACCCUUCUGCGAGUAUCAAGAAGCCAUCGUUAAGGCACUCAGUUUCGACGGUCGGACAGGUGUAAAGUACAUUUUAGACUUGACGAAAUCUUAAAGUUUUUUUUCUAUAUUUGUAUAUAUAGAAUUUGUUUUUUCUACUCUCUCGGAACUUUAUCAAUGCAUUCGAUAGCAUUUAAAAUCAUUACAAUACUCUGUAAUGUACGAGCGUUUUUAUAUGACUUGGGUAAAAGCAGUUUUUCGUAAAAACAGAAAAAUCGCUCUUUGUAUAGAAAGGUAUUUGUUGUUAGCAAAAAUAUCGCAAAGUGUAUAAGUAUGUGGGAAAAAUAUAAGAAAAAUAAUGGUGAUUGAGACAGAUUUCGUCAGUCAAAAUUAUAAAAAUUAUUCAAUCUCAUCGAGGAGAUCAAGCAGAUCCAUGCUGCGUUUCAAGGUCUCCUGUUGCUCGUCCUCGAAAAAGUCCGCGUAUACGUUAUCUAGUUUAGUUUUAUAAUCCUCAUUUAGUUUCGGCUUCUCGUUACUUCCCGCGUUACUACCUGGUUUAGCCUUGUUCCCUUCAGCAUCGAUUUCCUUAUUCGUAUUAUUUACAUUCUCGUCGUCCACGUUCGAUAAUAGAUUAAGCGUGAACGGUCUCUCGUAAUUAGUCUCCUCAGUUCCCAGCUGAACAGCCAGCAUACCUAAUUCCGCUUUUGCACCACAAUCUUUGAAGAACUGCUGACUAUCUCGCCUUCCAGUUCCCGUUACACCAUAUGUCGGCAAAUAUCUAAUACAUAACGAGAUAAUUAUUAUUGACAUGUGCAAUCGAAUAUACUGGAUGCUUUUCUCCUUA